AUGCUACGCGCAUUGCUAUUCUACCUAGCAGCCGGUUCAGCUUUGGCGGACGAACGGCCCCAUGGAGCCUACUGUGGCAACUACAAAGAACUAUAUGAUUGUGAGACCCAUACAGGGCAGCUUCCGCACUGGAAGGAUCCAGAUGAUUGUAUCAAUAAGAAGCUCAAUGACUUCGGCGUUAAACUGGAUUCUAUAAUGCUCUAUUAUGACGCUGGUGCAGACCAAUUGACACUCGAGAUUAACAAGAAGAUCAAAACGAUCAUGAAGCAGUGUGACGAGUACGUGAAAAGUGGCGAGGAUCAUCUAUUGGACUUGGGCUUGGAAACCUUUCCGAGUGCCAAACAGGAGGCUAUCGAGAUGUCUCUAUGA